GGCGGCUCCUUUAAGCCACACCUCCACUAAACCGAAAAUAAUUUGAUAUGUGUGAUUGUGCACGGAUAGUACCGUUUAUGUUACUUAUAUAAGGGAUAAUAGACAGAAACAGUGUUCUAAUCAGGUCUGUAACAAGAACAUGGCAAGUAUUGAGAAUACAGCUGAGCGUAUCGCUUACAUCACACGAGUGGAGAGUUUCAAUGCUUGCCAUCGAUUACACAGUAAAUCAUUAAGUGACGAGGAAAAUAAAAAAAUAUUUGGAAAAUGCAACAACCCUAAUGGCCACGGACAUAACUAUAAAGUUGAAGUGACUGUUCGGGGAAAGAUCGACAGAAUCACUGGAAUGGUAAUGAACCUUACUGAUCUAAAGGAGUAUAUCGAGGAGGCCAUCAUGAAACCACUAGACCAUAAAAAUCUGGACAUGGAUGUGCCAUAUUUUGCCAAUGUUGUCAGCACCACCGAAAACCUGGCUGUCUUUAUUUGGGACAGUAUGGCAAAGCUUCUCCAACCCAACAUGCUCUAUGAGAUAAAAGUGCAUGAAACAGACAAAAAUAUAGUCGUAUACAGAGGUGACUAGACUAUAAUUUAGCUCCAAUACCAAUUGUCUGCAGGCUGUGGAUAGCAGUAAGCCUCAAUUAAUUUUAGAAAGUAUAUUAAGAGAGAGUGGCACCUGCUGUGGCCUGCUCACCACAUGUCCAACAAUAUGGGAUUAAUGUCAGUCAAUAAGAAUUGAUCCUAGUAAACACAGAGAGAUUAUGCACACACACAAAAUGUUUUUCCAAAUUAAUUAGCAGCCUUCGCCUCAGAACCCCUGUCUUAUUUAUGGACCCAUAUUAUCUUUCAAAUUUGGAAGCCUAUUUUAAUAGAAACAGACCUUUUUGUUAUUGCAAUGUCAUCUUUUCUUACUAAUGAAUAUGUCUAAAUGAUUUUCAGUUUUAGUUGGAAAAUCUGAUUGCAUUUUAAUAUUGUUUUAUUGUUUUACUACUCAAUGUUUACUGAGAGAGAAAAAAAUGUGGUUCAUUGUUCUUCCAAUAGAUGGCGUUACAUGUUUAUUGCAUUCCAUUCCAAUAAAAGUUUGCCAACAAAA